UCAAAAUUGUGUAACAGUGAUAUCAGGGAAUUUUCAAGUUAUUACGGUACUCGUACUGGUAUGGCGCUGAAAAAGAAAAUUAUAUGCAACAUCCUUAGUAUUGACAGAUGGUGUCAACCAUUUUGAGUUUGUGCUCUGAUUGGAUGUGAUUGAGAAGGUGUAUCUGAUGUCUUGUCAUCGCUUCUCCCUUCAGUCUCCACCAUGGACAACCUGGAGGAGGACCUGACGUGCUCCGUUUGCUACUCUCUGUUCUCUGACCCACGAGUUCUGCCGUGCUCGCACACAUUCUGCCGCGGCUGUCUGGACAGCUUGCUCCACGCCUCGCACAACUACUCCAUCUGGCGCCCGCUGCGCCAGCCGCUCAAGUGCCCCAACUGCCGCAGCAUGGUGGAGCUACCCGUGGCGGGCGUGGACGCUCUGCCCACCAACGUGUGCCUGCGCGCCAUCGUCGAGAAGUACCAACGGGACGGCGAGCCCAGACCGUCUUUGUGUCCGGAGCACCCAAGGCAACCCCUCAACAUGUACUGUGUCCAGGACCGCCAACUAAUCUGCGGCCUGUGUCUGACCAUGGGCCAGCACCAGGGCCACGCCAUCGAUGACCUGCAAGCGGCGUUUGAUCGAGAGAAGCAGACCCCUUCGCUCUUGCUGGCAAGGCUCUCUGAGCACAGAUGGGCACAGGUGUGUGAGCUGGGCGAGCAGCUGGAACAGGACAAGGCCCACUGCGAGACUGCGGUGAGGCAGGACCGACAAGAAGUAACUCAGUUUUUCCACAUGCUGGAGACGGCACUGGCCAGGAAGAAACAAGCCUACUUGGAGGUUCUGGACAAAGCCUUCGAUGAGGUUUCGCGGGCCUAUGACCCACUUAUUCACAAAGUCAAGGAGCUGCAGGAGGAGCACUUGGAUCUGCUUUCUUUGGCGGCAUCAGUUGAGGAGGAGGAUUCGCCACUAGCCUUCCUGGAGAAGGUUCACGUGUUCAGAGAACGAGUGGAUGACUUCACCGGCACCAGUCUGCCGUCCGCCCUCAAAAUCUCGGUCACUCCCCGAGCGGUCGACUACCUGCAUCAGCAUUGGCCCGCCGUCACUCUCAGCAGUCUGGACGAGGCGCCAGUUCCCAAGGUACGCUGCUGCCACCGGUGCGGCGGCGUGGCAGCAGAUCCUUGCGAUGGACCGGCACACGGCAUCUGCUGGCUCCGAGGCAAACUUCUUUUGCCGUUGUCACUUUUGCUGGUGGCGACGCUGUGUUGGCUCGGCGUGUUCAGCCGAGACCUGAGAGGAGAGCUCUUCAUGCCCAUCUGGGACUGGGCGCAACUGGCAUACGCUCUGACACAGGCACUGGUACUAAAAUGGUGCCGUCACGUUUUCUCUACAGGAGAAAUGUUCUUGCAACAAAUGACUGCCUUCUUCACAAGUCUGAUGGCACCGCUCAACCUCAAUCUGUUAAUUAAAUGUUGAUUUGUGAUUCAUUUUAUGUCACAAAGAAUGCCUUUGUACAUUAGGAGCUUUAACAACUGUGCAUUACACUCUUUAAUGCUAUUUUUAAAAAUGUUAUCCUGACCAAGAACUGCUUGUAAAAUCUGUUUUACAAGCAAGAUUGGGAAAUUUGUAACUUUUUAAUGUUGGACAAUAAACUUUUUACAUGAUGCUCAUCCUCA